UCAGUGAUUUGCAUUUCCAGUUCAUCGCGAGAGCGGAUCAGUGAGGGAAGGAAUCCUGACUUUCCCGUUUGCGAACGAGUUGAGGAACUGCUUUCCUUUCCCGUGCAUCAACGAAUCAGUCAGUGAACGUGUUGCGUCUCCCUCCUGGCGUGGACUAUCUCAUGUUCUACAGACAUGCUGCCACCGUCAUCCCCUCUAACCUGCUGUUCACUGGGGGACAUUUAAUUCUCAAACAUGAUGAAGACAGAACCCGCCUCAGACAAGGCGGACAACGGGGCCUCCGCCGGAAACAGUGGGGGGGGCUCCAACAUGAGGAGCGCCUCACCUCAUCGAAAUGCGUACGAGGCAGGUCUGGCGGCGCUAAAGAAAGCCACCGAUCACCUCAAUGGAGGCUACGACCCCGCCUCCAAGCCCGCGCCUUUACCUCGGCCCAACGGGAGGGGUCGUAGAUAUGGAUCGAAUGUCCACCGCAUCAAGAAUAUGUUCAUGCAGAUGCAGUCGCCAGGAGAUGAGGAAGAUGGUGCCAAAGUCAUUGGAAACGAGCUAGCGGUCAAACUGUCGCUGCCAAGGGCAUCGAGCCUCAACGAGAACGUCGACCACAGCGCGCUGCUCAAACUCGGGGGCACCGUUUCGGAGAGGGUCAAUCGUUUUGACACCAAAACGGAUGGAGAGGGUGCGCGCUCCUCCUCAGGAUUGUCCAAACUCCAGGAAACCAGGAGGAUGUUUGAACAACGGACGCUGCAGGAGAAACAAGCUGCUACCAACAGGAUUCUACUGAAGAAGGAGCGAGCUUCUGGUUUCCAGGAUAGCCGCCUGGAUGUGGUGGCCCGCUUCAAUGGCUCCACUGAGGCUUUGGAUCGCUUAGAUGACCCUCCUACUCCCGCUUCUGCUCCCGUUCCCGUUCCUGCCGCUGCAGCUGUUUCGGGGCCCGCCGAAGCCGUCAGCCCCACCGUCAGCCAACUCAGUGCUGUGUUUGAGAAGGUUGAUGUCCCAAACAAUGUCUACCUCCCCAACCGUCGCUCGAGACCUGCCCCAGGACCAAAGCCAACAAUUCCAGCCAAAUCAGGGCCUGCUCGGAGUCAGAUGAAAGCGCCUCCUGCAAGUCAGGAGGACUUAGAGGAGGCGACAACAGGAACUGUCAGCAACCAGGCGGCAGAGGUUGACGAGAGCGAUUCGCUCCCGCAGUGCAACGUCAGUAGCGUGGCCGUCAGCGAGGAGGAGAGAUUUCGACAUUCAGGAGAUCAGCACUCCAACUCUGAUGACAUUUCAGCCGAGGCUAAACCAGAGUUGGAGUCUCAGUUGGUAUUGACAGAAGACUCGAGUACCUUAGCUGGUCAGGAGCCUCUAACCGCCGACGAACAGGAUUGUUGUCGAGGGGAUGUCGAUGCCGGGGCCCGAUUGGUUCAAGCCGAUGUCCACGCUUCACUGGAAAAUGGAGAAAAAGAGCCACCGACUUUUCAAGUCACACAAGCCGAGGAGGAGAACGGCGACGACGACGACGACGGCUCGAGGAAGGAGGAUUACUCCGAGGGGGAUCUGGUGGACGUGAGCGCGUACAGCGGCCUCGGCGAGGAUGACUCCGGGGGAAGCCAGCUGGACGAUGAUGAUGAUGACGAAGACGAGGAAGAGUACCAUCCAGAAAGCAGCUGCACGGAAAUCGAGGGUCUUCCUGAGGAGGAGGAACCCAUCGCAGCCAACAGAAAGAUACGAUUCAGCACUGAGCCCAUUAAGGUAUUCACCACCUACUGUAAUGAAGACUACGAUCGACGUAACGACGACGUGGACCCAAUGGCGGCGUCGGCCGAGUACGAGCUGGAGAAGAGAGUUGAGAAGCUGGAUCUGUUUCCCGUUGAGCUGGAGAAAGACAGUGACGGUCUGGGAAUCAGCAUCAUAGGAAUGGGUGCAGGAGCUGACAUGGGUCUGGAGAAACUGGGCAUCUUCGUCAAGACGGUCACUGAGGGUGGAGCUGCGCAGCGAGACGGCAGAAUCCAAGUGAACGAUUUGAUCGUCGAGGUUGACGGGACCAGCCUGGUUGGUGUAACCCAGAGCUUUGCUGCGUCUGUCCUACGCAACACAUCAGGCACCGUCAAAUUUGUGAUUGGUCGGGAGAAGCCGGGGGAGCAGAGCGAAGUGGCUCAGCUGAUCCAACAAACUCUGGAACAGGAGAAAUGGCAGCGAGAGAUGAUGGAACAACGAUACAAGCAAUACAUGGACGAUGAUGAGGAGACGGGUGAAUACGCCACAGAUGAGGAUGAGGAGAUGAGUCCCAUGUUUCCCAAUUCCAUCGAGGUUUUCGACUUGGCCGAACACCAAGACUCAUUGUCUCCCGUCGAGCUGGACCCUGAAAAGUUGACCCACAAAUUCAAGGAGCUUCAAAUCAAACACGCAGUAACCCAAGCUGAGAUCCAGUUGCUGAAGAGGAAGUUGGCUCACGCAGAGCAGGAUAAAUUGCGUUGGCGAAUGGAGCGUGCUCAGCUGGAACAAAGCAUCCGGGACAGUAAAGAGAGGAUGGAGAAACUGGAGGGUUACUGGAUGGAAGCUCAGUCGCUGUGUAAGGCAGUGGAUGAACACUUGAAGGAAACCCAGGCUCAGUACCAAACCUUAGAGCGGAAGUACAGCAAAGCCAAGCGAAUGAUCAAAGAGUAUCAGCAGAAGGAGCUUGAGUACCUGAAAAAGGAGGCAGCGCACCGUCAAGUGGAGGAAGACAGUGAGGCGUCACACAAAGAGGAGGCGGACAACUUGCAGGAAAAGAUUGCAGACCUGGAGAUCCAAGUGGAUGCUCUCAAGCCCCCAAACCCCACCUAGCCUGCUCGCUCGCAGCUCCGCUUCCCCUCCAUAAAGGGAGGACGCGGCACUCUGCCUUCGCACGGACGCACUGUAGUUCAGACGAUCACUCACAGCGGCGGCAACCUGACAAUGUGGAAGAAGAAAAAGGAGGAUGACAGAGCGAAAAUGGAUUUUAUGGCCUAUCAGCAAUCCCGGAAUGCAUUUUGUGUGACAGCCACAAUCAUCCUUGUGCGUCUUCCUGGAAACUUUCUCAGCAAUCAACAAGGAACUCGGCCUCGCUGUGUUCGAUUUACAUGUCGAUUUAUUUUCUCCACCCUGGCGUGAAAAGUGUCCUACGAUGUUGAGGAAACGGGCUCGUCACAAAGUGCUUUACAGAGUGACGGAGGACGGAGGAGGAUUCUUGCUGCGCUGCUUCUCCACUACCCGCCCGCACUGGAACUACAGGAAGAUGCAAGUGAUGAGAAGUGCCCAGUUGAACCCAAAUUCUGCCCCAUUAGUUAGCAUUGAAAGACAAGACAAAGAUGCCAACAAACCCAUCUCAAUUUGAAUCUAUUUCUCCAUACGCGAAGGAAUCAGGUAAAACAUUUGCAUUUCGGGUAUGAAAGCGUGGUGACAUCCUGUUUUGUAAAUAUUCUCAACGUCUAUUUAAAAGUUAACUUAAGCACCGACUUAUGGUGGAGACUCCUCGUGUGUGUGUGCAGACUAGGGUCGCCAAAUCGUGUUUAUUUGCAUUUAUAUUUGAGAGCAAAACUGAAUUGGCUGUGGCAGUAUUUACCACUUAAAGUUCCACAUGCUGGACUUACUUGGGAUGACUUUUAAAUGUAGUUUACGGAGUCAUAACAUAUCGGCUCAAGAGACACCGAUGAUAGUAUUUUUAAUUCAUUUGUAUUUUGUAGGGAUGUCCCAAUCUCUUCCUGAUUUCCGGUGAUCGUAGCAUAGCUACAUUAGCUAGCUAGUCGUGCCGAUCUUUACGACAACUGCCGUAAAGUACCGGUUGACGGUAGCUGCGCAAUUCAAACUUCCGUGGCGGUGCAAAGCAAAACAUGUCAAAAGUGGGGAAAUAUUAGAGACUGUCCUGAAACUACUUGCAAUGUUUGCAACAUGGCAAUUUCAAGAGCAAACUUGAUUCGUCAUCUGAGGACAAAACAUGAUAAUGUGUAUGGAGCGUUUUGCAAAGCUGCAGAUGGAAAAGUUGCUAAAGCAACAAACGCUGGACAUUAUGUGGAGAGAGCAAUACUCCAAUAAGAGAGCAAAGAAGAUCACAGAAAGGUUGGUCGAAUUUAUUGUAAUGCUUAUUGAUGAAAUUGCAGUGCUUUAAAAAGUUGAAUUACUUGCUCAAAAUAUAUUUCAGUUUUAUAAAUUUCAAUACUAAAAACAAAAUGUCGGAUCGGAUUUGAGGUUAAAAGAUCGAAUCCGGGGUCAGAGGCCUAAAAUGCUGAUCGGGACAUCCCUAGUAUUAAUUAAGAUAGUAAUGUGGAUAGCAAAAUAUGAUCUUUUUUUUGGGAAUGAGCUUCGGUUUAAAUACAGGACAGGUGCACUUGACUGUAUUAUUUAAAAAAAUAAUAUAAACCCAUGAACCACAAGCCAGAAUUUAAAGUUUAUACGAGUAGUUGAUCAUUGUUAGAAAGUGCUUUUAGAUUUUACCAGAGGCAAUUGAAUAACUCCAUCCAUCCAUUUGUGUGAGCUGGCGCCCAUUCUUGCUGACUUUGGUCAGUGUUUUUUAUUUUUUUGGUGUUUUAGGUCAAGUCGUCAGACUUGGAGUCAUUUGCAGAAAAUAAGUUGAUGGUGUUCAGACAUUCCUUUUGUUUUCAAAUGCUCAGACUACUACAAAAAUGGAUUUGCAGUAUUGUGACUGAACACUUGAUGAACGACUUUCUUACUAUCCACUGUUCCAACAGUGCUGGGAUCAUCAGUUUACGCUAGCUCAUGUUCUGCCCCAGAUGGCCUCUUCCAUUUUUGGAGUUGAUCAUGUAUUUUGGAAUGCAUGUUUAAUUGAAGCACAGCUGGAGCCUCAUGCUCGCCCGCGUUUGUGCACAGACAAAAAGUAUUUCCUGUACGAAUGGUGAUAUCCUGCACCGGUAACAUCAUCAAUCUGUUAUGAUUAUAAUUUUAUUUUUAAAUGAUGCACUUAUGCUUCUAGACUGGAUUUUCGGUUCUAUUUGGUGAGGUUUGUAAUUUGCCUUGUUAGCUCCGUUUGCCUUUCAAGUUUCUGCAUAGCUUUAAUGUAUGGAAAGUCAUUUGAGCAUUUUAUUCAAUAUCCUAUAAUCCAACAUUAAGCUCCAUGUACUGCUACGUGCUCUUUUUUCCCAUGAAGAAACUUAAGAUGGAUAUCAGGGAUAAUGAAUAAAUGCCCAACUAUCUUCCAUAUAGAUACUUUCACAAUUCUCCCAUUUCUGCUCAGUGUUCCUGAGAAUCAAAACAAGGUGUGUUUACAUCUAAAACUUGUAUGCAUCAAAUUCGAUUGUCUUCCUCCAAAUUGCAUUUUCCCCAUCUCAUUACGUACAGUAUUUCACUCACUGAAUGGAUCUGUUGGAGCAGCUGAAUGUGUGAAGUGCCUUGCUUAAGGACGUUGGUUGAUAGUAUCUCAAGUUGAACCCCGCAGUCCAAAAGGUAUCAUGUGUCAAUACUCAGGGCGGAAAUAAAACUGGAAACACUAUUGACAUAUCCGCAGUUGCAUCGGUCCAGUAGUGCAGAUGAAAAUGUUUUCCAUAUAUGUUGCGAUGUUGUAUCGUGAUGCUUCUUGACCCAGAUCCUUUUUUUUUUUUCCCAUGCUUAGAACAAAGUGAUGAAAUAUGAGAUGUGCCAUAUAGUUUUGAAUAGUAGUUACAAGUUAGUGCCAAACAGUGUGAGUGGGACAAUCUUUACCUCUCUUGCCUGGGGGUCUGUUGUGUCGUGGAUGUCACCAUGUUUGUCUGAACCAACACCUGUUUGUCAGCAUUUCAAUAAACAUGUUGAACGACA